CGAAGGUCUGCAGACAAAGAGCCGGCCCAAAUCGGCCAAGAGCGCUGUGCUCGUACUGACCUGCAGACCCUCCGAGCAGUGUCAUUCACUACGAUUGUGUGUUUGCCAUGUAGCAGUUGUGUUGAAGGGCGGCGGGGCACUCAAUUGAGUUGCGGGCCGUGCUUCCUCAAUCGAUCCCCAACCAAUAGGGAACAGAAUUGCUGGCGGAGAACAACGAUUGUAGCUCGUGUCCACGGCUGGUUGAUGUACUUAGAACUCGUUCAGUUUCGCCCAAAUCGUCCUGAACAUGCUGCUGCUGCUGCUGCUGGUUAUUCACUGACUACUUGACUGAAUUGACCACGCACCAAAUCACACGAACGGGGACCUUACACUUACUGUCGCAGCACAAGAAGAGAGUUCGCCUCUCUCAACUAAAGCAGUGUGUUUUCUUAGCCUUCGCCAAAGAGGGUGUCAUUGUGUCUGGUUUUUAGUCCUCCCAAAUGUUUCUCGCUAAACUGCAUCAGUGUUUUUAUCAAGUUGUCACUGCGCUCACCAGGAGCUAGCCCCCGACUUUAUCAGCCGGAUUGAUAACAUCCCUAGUUGGGCAUCUCCGUGUCAAGUGACAGGUCUUAGACGUUUAGCCGCGCCUAUCUAGACCCGCUUAUCCCUGUGCCCUGUUGCUGUCAAUGCACACACACACAUACACAUACACACACACACACACACACACACACACACACACACACACUGAGCGGUCAUGAGUAGCAUGCUGAGAAAGCUCUCUUUCAAGAACUCGUUUCGCAAGUCGCGCAGCGAUGGCAAAUCGGCCUCCGACAGCCGCCUGGCCUCGCCAAUGCAACGGCCGCAGAUUCGGACGCGACUGCGCCGCAAGUCUUCGUCGCCGUCGCCCUCUCCGCCGAGAACACCCGUGUCUUCAUCCGAUAAUGGCAUCUCAGACGAGUACGCUGACCCGUGGGACAUUCGCAACGGCGGCUCGGGAGGCGGAGGCGCAGCACCACCGCACCUGACCCACGGCAAUCACGGCGGUGGCGUUACCCCUAGCGCCAACCAGUUUGCGCCGACGUCGUCCAAGCAGCCGCAGGAAGAGUGCUCCUACUCUGCGCCCUUCACCGGCAACUCCAUACCGCAAUCGCCCAAGAUGACUGAGACUCAGUACAAGAAGACGAUGAACGACGACUACCAGGACCCGUUUGACGCUCGCCUGCGCAAGGGCACCACCGCCUCUCUCACUGGCAGCACGGGCGGUGGUGGUGGCAGUGGCUUGCACCCUGUGACCAGCAACACGGACCAGCACCGCGGCCCGCCGUCGCACCAUCACCAUCACCACCACAGCUCGCGCGGCGGUGGCAGCAGCUCCAACAACAUGUCGGUACGCGGAGUCGGACAGGGGACAGCAUCGGCCUGCGAGUACGACACGCCCGUCGACUCGCGGACGCGUCGCGGCACCGGCACCAUGACGACCGGCGGUGGUAACCACAGCAACAGUCACCUGGACAACUACAGCCUGCCCGCCGACACUCUGCGCGCUGGGGCUGGUGGUGGUGUGGCAGCGGCGCCGCCCAGCAUGUCUGAUCACGGCAAGAACAACGCGUCGUCAACAUAUUCCAUGCCACGUGACACCAUCCGCCAGCAUCCCAGCGACAUAUCCGUGCAGGUCGGUGCUAUGCCCAUGGUGCAACAACAGCAGCAGCAGCAACAGCACCCGUCUCCGCACUGCGACUACAGCAACCCGGCCGACCACAUUGGCGACAUACACCGCAACGGGUCGCCGUCACGUGGCCGCUACAUGGAGUACCGCGGGUCGGAAGCGUCCGCUCCCACGGUUACUCCUACAACAGUACCCACCGGUCACUCGGUGCGUGCGUUCAGCGAUAGUUCCAGUCAGUCCAGCGUGACAUCGGUUGCUUCUGCUGCGCAUAGCCGACAACCCGACACGAUGCGCGGGCCGCCCGACUUGCCUGACAAUUACCCGCCGGUGAACAGCCAGAGAGAGUCGCUGCGAUCCUUCCACUGGUUCCAUGGUGGUAUCACACGUGACCGUGCAGAGAUGCUUCUGCGCGCCGUUCCCGACUGCAGCUUCCUGGUUCGCGUCAGCGAGAGCUCACCGAACGACUACUCGCUCUCUGUCAGGAAUUCCGGCCACCCGCUGCACCUGAAGAUAAUCCGCCGAUCGGACGGUACGUUUGUGCUGGGCCAGAAUAGCAAGCCCUUCCAGAGUAUCAUUGACAUGAUCCAGUACUACGAGCGGCACAAGCUGCUCAUCAAGGGCGCCGAGCACAUCUUCCUCGAGUACGUCAUACCGCGACACUAGCGCGUGAGUGCGUGUAGAUGUGCCGUGCCAAGUGCACGCGCGCGGUAUCGAGGCGGCGAUGUUCGCUCGCGUGCUACCGUGUGCGCAGUUGUGACUUGGGCGGUGGAGGCGGCAGCUCGGCUGUGGGAGCCGGCAUGUACUGAACUCACUUCCCCAUUGUGCUUUGCACUUCUGGCAAUGAGUACUGCUUGCCGAAUUGAGGUGACGUUUGUUACAUGGACAGAGGGUUCUUGGCGUCAAACACACGCCCGUUCUUUAUAUGAAACUUGAAAAUUUAUGAUCCGUACUAUUUUUUUUGGAAGCCCCAACCCUUUUUUCUGUUGGUCGUUUUUUCAUCUGUCUGGGCCUCAGCGCUAACUUACCAUGACGUUGUGACUAAAACUAUAAUCUCCCCUGUUAACACAUUUAAUACAGACCAUGCAGAAGUAAAUUAUUGAUAACUGUCCCUCGUCCCUGAACGCCGCUUUGCACGCGCACUCUAUACUUUCUUUUCCUGUUGAGUGCUUGGCGUCGGUUUUUUUUUCCAGCGACGUCAAAGUGUACACCAAAUGUAGACGCAUCUUACUCAACGUCUCUUGCUCAUUUGCCUUCCAUCCCCGCACUAGCAGAACGUCUCUUGCUCAUUUGCCUUCCAUCCCCGCACUAGCAGUCGCUGUGCUAGUAAUCUAGAACCCCUCUCGACAGUGGUUUCACGUCCGUCGUCUGCGUGGCCCGUUUUCUUUCUCCACUUCUCUUAGCCUUGCCGCCGGCCUGUGUAUAGGUAUGUGAGGUUGUGGACGUGUGUGUGUGUGUGCGUGUAUGUGUGCGUGUGUGUGUGGUGUGUGCGUGGCUUUGAGUUCUGCAUCUACUUGAUCUGUGCGGGUACUAUCGCUUUACCCUCCGAGCUCCGUGACGUGCCGAAAUUCCUGUUGCUUUCUAUUGAUCAUAUCUUGUGGGUUUUGAUAUAGUUCUGCCCGCUCUAUAUAUAUAUAUAUUGUAUAUUUUAGUGUUGCCACGCGUCAAUACUGCCUCCAUUACUCCGUGAUCAGCUCUUCCCCUGCGGGACUUUGUCCAGUCGCAAUCCCAAUUAUGAUCUCUUGGAAUAUUUUCUAAAAAACUUUUUUACUUAGACCGCAUUUUUGCUCAACUUCUCCUCUUUGGCUUCUUUUUACACGCACUCGUGCCGCUCUUAACUUCUAGUACAUAUUGGCGUAUUGAACAUUGCACAGUUUUCAUUGUACACUAUAAUUGUAUUACCUUUUCUUGUAGUGUGAGUUUCAUCGUCAACGGCUAGCUGUGCCGUCUGUACGUCCCCGUCUGUCGUAUGCGUGAGCUUGAUGGUUAUCUUUCCAAGAGG